AGCCACAGAGGCGCUGAUGGCGCUCGCGAGGAAAACGGAAACGCGGAGGGUUUGUUUAUUUUGAGUAUUUCGACUUUUAUCCCAAUUUCUUGGAUUUGUUGAAUACGGGAAAGUUAUUAAUUUUACCAAGGAAGCCUAUGGCAAUAUACACAACCUAUGGUUCAUAAGGAACUAUUAAAAAUUUCCUAGAAAACAGUGAUUGAAGUGAACUAACCUCAAAAUGCAGAUAUUCAGGAUUGCCUCCGGGGCCUCCGGAUUAUUUUCUCCAAGGAAUUUCGCACCUGCGGCAAGUGUAGCCUUCAGAAUCUUCUCUUCAACAUCAGGAGGUUUUCCCAAAGAAGUCACAGAUGUGGAGAAGUUGGAAGAGGAUUUAUUUGGUCGGGAAAUUCCGCAGAAUUGGACAGAAAAACGAGAGAAGCGUUACAGGCAUCAGAAGAAGCCCAAAUCCACAGAGAAAUCACAAAAUACUGACGGCGGUGACCAGAAAAUUGACAAAAGCACAAAUCUGGCCUACCGAGAUCUGAAAUUCCGAGACCCAAUCAUCAGAGACACAAUGAUGCUGCUGCGGUCAGGAAAGCGGCAGAAGAAAGGACGAUUAUUGCUUCUGGAGGGUCGAAGAUUGAUUGAAGACGCCCUCAAGUCUAACAUGCAGAUGAAGAAGCUAUUUUUCAGUCGUCCGGAAGAGCUGGAGGAGCUAUCGGAUCUUCUAAAAUAUUCACCACACUCCCAGCUCUUCAGAGUAACCUACAGAGAUUUAUCUCUUUGGUCGCAAUUGACUACUUCUCCGGGAAUCUUAGCCAUUUUUGAGCGCCCCACGAGUAUUCAGUCAAGAGCAAAGAACAUUUUCCCAAUCUCCGUAAUCUGUGACAAUAUCAGGGAGCCAAAUAACCUUGGGAGUGUCAUCAGGAUCUGUGCAGCUCUUCCCUGCAGAGAAGUUCUUGUCAUGAAGGGCUGCACAGAUCCUUUUGACGGCAAAAGCCUCAGAGGCGGAGCUGGAGGGCAGUUCCACGUACCAUUGAGGUAUCCUGUUAAUUGGGAAGAUCUGCAGGAAAUUCUUCCUGAGGACAAUUCAGUUUUUGUGGCUGAGAACAACGUUGAGAAAGCAUUGAACUUUACAGAGAAAAAGCCUUUGGAUGUAGCUGAAUUUUCCCUUCCUGAACAGAAUCCUGGCCAUCACAUGACUCUCAUAAUUGGUGGGGAAACGCAUGGGAUAUCCGAAGAGGGCUAUAGACUGAUGAAGCUGUACAGGAAUAGCGCUUGUCUCCAUAUUCCUCUGUCGGAGUGUGUUGAGAGCCUCAAUACAGCUUCUGCCUUGGCAGUCAUUCUAUUUGAGCUCCGCCGGAAGCUCCUGGAGAAGAGGAAACUUGAAAAUUAUGUUCAACAAGAGAAAUAAAAAUCCGUUGAUUUGUAGUAAAACAUAGAAAUUUUAAA